AUGGUCAUUGCUUCGGGUCGGACUGUGCCUGGGGAAGGAGCGUCCAGACGGCGAGGUGAGGGCGUUGCGUUUGUGCUGAGGGGAAAUGCGCUUCGGGCCUGGCGCGAAGGGGGUUGUCAACUCGUCGCAGUAUCCGCUCGGUUGUUGUCCAUACGCUUGAAGUUUGAUCUGGCGAGUGGAGAGGUUGAAUGGAUGUCGCUGGUUACAGCUUAUGCGCCAACAUUCAACAGUAAGCGCUGUGAAAAGGAUGCGUUUUAUGACUCUCUGCAAGGAGUACUCAACUCAAUACCGUGCACAGAUAAAUUUGUUCUACUUGGAGAUUUCAAUGCCAGAGUGGGAUCUGGAGAGCCAGGUGAUGAUUGGAGCGCUGUGCGUGGCUCACAUGGCUUGGGCUGCCUGAAUUCGUCUGGAGAGGAGCUACUUCAGUUUCUGGCAAUGCAUCAAUGCUGGAUCGCGAACACCUGGUUCAGGAAAAAGCAGGAAUUGAAAGGCACUUGGCAGCAUCCCAGAACUAAACAUGUCCAUUGUAUUGACUUCAUCAUCACAGCGCAAGGGAGCCGGCACUGGUGCACUGAUGCUCAGGUUAUUCGCUCGGCAGAAUGUGGGAGCGACCAUAGUCUUGUUGCCGCCAGGUUUAGGCUCGGCAGGGUCUUGUGGAAACCGCGGAAAUCCACAAAGAGAGUACGAUUUGCAGUGCAUAAUCUGCCCCCAGUGGUUUCGACAGAUGCUGAGGGAAACCACCGGAGGAAGGUUGACGACUACCAGGAAAACAUCAAUGCCAAGAUUGAUGCAGUGGCGGACGCGGAAACGGUAGACGAGAAAUGGAAUGCGAUGCGGGACGUGGUGACGGCGGCAGCUGCGGACACUCUCAGUCAUCAGAGGAGACGGCAGCCUGAUUGGUUUACGGAAAGCCAGGACGGGCUGCGGCCACUGCUGGACGCGCGCAAUGCAUGCUAUCGAACAUGGAUCACUAGUGGCCGGAAUCAGGAAGAGUAUUCGCGCUACCGUGUUGCGCGCACGAGGGCUCGCGCUGCCACCCGAGCUGCGAAGAAUGAUUGGUUUGCUGCCAUGGCACAACGUACUGAGAAGGGGCGCUUUGACUCGGCGCGCAUCUGGGCCGGUAUCAAGACCAUGCAGACGGCUCGGCGAGGGCUUGUGGGUGUAACUGCAGUCGCUGUGCGGGACGAGAACGGAAAUGUCUGUAAUUCACCGGCGGAUCAGGGCCGCACAUGGCACCGUCACUUCUCCAAGGUUUACAAUGUUCCAACCUCGUAUGAACCUGCAACUGUUGCCACCAUUGAGCAACAGGAAGUGUGUGAAGACCUCGCCGAUCCACCUACUCUGGAAGAGCUUAGGCAAGCUGUGCGCCGACUACGGAACGGAAAAGCAGCAGGAGGCUCUGGAAUCUUACCGGAACUGCUGAAGGCUGGUGGGGAUGGCCUCAUGAUGGCACUACUAGACCUUGUCCAGACAGUGUGGAAUGCAGAGCGGGUGCCCCAGGAGUGGGUGGACUGCCAGCUUGUCCCGAUACCAAAAAAAGGAAAUCUAUCCAGCUGUGACAAUUGGAGGGGCAUCGCUCUUCUGGAGGUGGUAGGAAAGGCUGUUGCUGGCCUCGUCCAGACAAGAUUGCAGCGGCUCGCGGAAGACAUCCUACCAGACACGCAGUGUGGAUUCCGCAAAGGCAGAUCUUGUGCGGACAUGAUCUUCGCGGCCUAUGAUUCCGUCACCCGUAAGUGCAUGUGGGAAAUUCUCCGGAAGGCGGGCGUACCUGACAAGCUGGUUACCAUUAUCAGCUCAUUUCAUACCUCUAUGUCUGCAAACCUGUCGAUCCCGGGCAUCGAGGCCGAGCCUAUUGAGGUGCAAAAUGGCCUUCGACAAGGUUGUUGUAUGGCCCCAGUAUUGUUCAAUAUAUUCCUGUGGGCAGUAUUCCAGCUGUGGCAGCGUGAGGUUGCGGACAUACCUGAGAUUGGACUUCCCGUCUCCUCUAACUCUGGACCGUCUCUCCUUUUCAAACGCCAGAAGACUGACACAAUCAACAUCCAUCGUGACUGUCAAUUCGCAGACGAUUCGGCACUUAUUGCUACAACUCACCAUGGUGCCACACUUGCGCUCAGCCGGUUCAUGGACGUCGCAACUCGCUUCCGCCUCACCAUCAACCUAUCAAAAACCAAAGUAAUGGCGAUCGGCUUCGGCAUUUCUCCGGAGGAUCGUCGUCCAUUGGUGGUUGGCGGGGAAAUUUUCGAGAAUGUGCAUGACUUUCGCUACCUAGGCUCCAUCAUCCAUACUGGUGGCCGCACCGCAGUGGACACUCGGUCCCGAGUAGCGUCAGCAUCUAGGGCAUUCGGAGCAUUGCGUCGAUCUGUCUUUGAUGAUGGCGAUCUUUCACUGGCAACGAAGCGAAUGGUGUAUGAUGCAUGUGUGGCUUCUCUUCUCCUUUACGGAGCGGAGUGUUGGGUUUGCCAUGUUCUUGUCGCUGCUGUUCUUGAUGAUAUUCCAUCUAAUGACCUGUCGUUGCUUCCAUAG